AUGGCCAGCGAGCUCGCCUGCACAUACGCUGCUCUUAUCCUCCACGAUGAUGGCAUUCCCAUCACGUCCGACAAGAUCGCGACGCUGGUGAAGGCCGCGAACGUGAACGUGGAGGCAUACUGGCCCACUCUCUUCGCCAAGCUGCUCGAGAAGCGCAGCGUGGAGGACCUCGUCUCAAACAUUGGAUCAGGUGGCGGCGGUGCCGUUGCCGCUCCUGCUGCUGCGGGCGGUGCUGCCGCACCAGCAGCUGAGGAGAAGAAGGAGGAGAAGAAGGAGCAGCUGCUGGGCGAGGAGCUGGGAAAGGGCGCGAACGGGCGCGUGUUCAAGGCGCUGGACCUGCAGAACGGCGACUUCGUGGCCGUCAAGGAGGUGUCCCUCGAGAACAUCGACCAGGACGACCUCGCCUCCGUCAUGACGUUCAACCACAAGAACAUAGUCAAGUACCUGGGUUCCAUCAAGACCAAGACGCACCUCUUCAUCCUCCUCGAGUUGCGCGCUCUGUGUCAUCUGCUCUCGUGCUCCCGCCACAGACUGCAACAAAAUUCCCCUCUCCCCCCAUCCUCUCAUCGCAUCCUCUCGCCCCAUCCUCUCGCCCCAUCCUCUCACCCCAACCUCUCGAUCCAUUGUAUCCCCAUGUCCACGCAUAGGUUUGUGGAGAACGGGUCCUUGGCGGGCAUCAUCAAGCCGAAUAGAUUCGGGCCCUUUCCAGAGUGCCUUGUUGCUGUCUACACCGCUCAGGUGGGGAAGAGAUCGACUCCUCUCUAUCCAUCUGUCAUGACCGCACGUGCUGGAGGGGCUGAUGUAUCUGCACGAGCAGGGCAUCAUCCACUGCGACUCCACUCACCGUCCCUUCCUCUUCCCCAUCCCAACCCCCCCCUAACAGGUGCUGGAGGGGCUGAUGGCCUGGUGAAGCUGGCGGACUUCGGGGUGGCAAUGAGAGUGGAGGAGGCGGCGGCGUGCCACGGGGACGCGGAGAACCCCAACGUGGUGGGCACGCCGUACUGGAUGGCGCCCGAGGUCAUCGAGAUGUCCGGCAUCUCCCCCGCCUCUGACAUCUGGAGCGUUGGCUGCACUGUCAUCGAGCUCCUCACCACCAAGCCGCCCUACUUCGACCUCCAGCCCAUGCCCGCACUAUUCCGCAUCGUUCAGGCUACUUACUUGAGUGAGGAGAAUCUUGAGCUGGAACCCCUCUCACCCUCAGGGGCGUCGUCACAUACUUUAACUUUCCUUGCUGUGUCAUCACGCACGCCACUUGUCUUGCAGGACGACAUGCCGCCCAUACCAGAAAAUGUGUCAGCUGCCACGUCAGACUUUCUCCACCUCUGCUUCCGUAAGGACACCAAGAGCCGCCCGGACGCCAAGACUCUCCUGCGGCACCCGUGGAUCCGGCAGGCGAAGCGGGCGGUGUCGUCUGGCCUUGCUGCCAUUCCGCGCCCUGUCAGCGCCGGCUCCUCCUCCUCCUCCUCCACCCGCCCCCUCUAUCCGGAGGCCCCGUCGCAAGCUGGUGCAGGGAGGGGCAGCGACGAGGCAGCAGCCAUAGACGACUCGAGUGAUGCCGCCAGGCGUGUGCACGCUCUCAGCAGGGGCAGCGAUGAGGCAGCAGCCAUCGACGAUUCCAUUGAUGCUGCCAGGCGUGUGCACGCCACCUCCCACGCCUCCUCCAUUGAGACGUCCCAGCAGUUGUCCGUGUCUCACCCUAUCCCUUGCUUCCAUUGCAUGCCAUCUGUUCUCCCCCCCCGGCGCAGGUACCCAGAGGCCCCGUCGCAAGGUGGUGCAGGCAGGGGCAGCGACGAGGCAGCAGCCAUCGACGAUUCCAUCGAUGCUGCCAGACGUGUGCACGCCACCUCUCACGCCUCCUCCUCCUCCUCGCCACCUGUCACCCUCUCCGCCUCCUCUCCAGACAGCGAGCGGCGUGAUAGGAAAAUCCACCUGCAAGCGGACGCGGUGAAGGACCUGAGGGAGGCAGCCAAGGCAGCACGCAAGUCACGAGCACAGCGCCACUCUAUGGGCGGUAGCAUUGACUCCGGUGCCCCCUCCGAUAGGCCCGGGACUGCAGAGGAUGCGGGUAGCGGUGCUGGUGGCGCUGGCGGUGGUGCUGGUGGGGGGAGUGGGGGCAGUGGGAUCAGCAGCAGCGGCAUCCCCCUCAGUGGCAGCGGGCGGCGUAAGAUUAUUCGGUCCAAGAGCGACAAGGAGCUGAAUGCCAGAGACAGUGAGGGGCACGCGGAGGUGGGGGCAGGGGGAGCGGGCGGCAAGGACGGGGCGAGGAGGCAGAGGUGGAAGAGCGGGCAGGGUAUGGACGAUGAGGGCAGCAGGGAGUUUAUCAGCAUGCAGGGGGAGGGGGGCGUGUGGGAUGUUUCAGACGAGGAAGACGGGCUGGGGAGAGUGAAGGGGGGGAGACGGGGAGCAGGGCGGGAGGGAGAGGAGGAGGAGGAGAGCAGUGGAGAGAUUGGUCCGGGAGAGGCUCGGCAGCAGCCGAAGCUGGGGCAGUCGAGCAGCACUGGUGGAGCAGGUGUGGGUGCAGGGGGAGGGAGUGGGGCGAGCAGUGGGCGGUCGAUGAGUGCGAGUCUGCCGUCGCCCCCUCGGUCCCACCGGGGGUCGCGCUCCCAGCAGCAGUCUCCGGAGGGAGUGCAUGGGAGGUUGAGUUUUGAGGCGCCUCAGAAGGUCUCGCGCUCGCAGCAGCAGUCACCGGAAGGAGCACACGGGAGGGCGAGUGGGGGGAGGUCUGGUGCGGAGAACUUUCUGGUUGGGUCUUCAGGGGAGGAGGGCGGGGCGGAUCAAGAGGAUGAGAGAAAUGGCACGCCUGCUGGGAGGAAGGCGAGGCGGAGGUCGCAAGACGGGGACGGGACGGAUCGAAUGGGGGGAACCGGGGCGGAGGGAGGAGGAGCGGGGAAGAAGGGGGCGGGGAAGAAGAAGGAGCAGCGGCGCAGCGGCCCUCUGUCAGCCCCUUCGGGCAAGUCAGCAAAGGGCGCUGGGAAGAAGCGAGGCUCACAGCAGCAGCAGCAGGCACAGCAGGACGACGAGAACAACAGCAACAACGACAACAGCGGCAGCAUUGGCAACAUGGAUCCAAGCAGCAGCAGCAGCCGUCUCGCGCCGCGCACGCCCCCACAGCCCAUCCCACGCCCCCUCUCCACAUUCAUCGAGACAGAGGAGGAGCGAUCGCUCUCCUCCCUCGCAGCCAUGUUCACGCCACUGGCGGGUUCCCCCCAGGUGGCGGGCGGGAGCAGGAGCCUGGCGGGAGUGCUGCGGGAGAAGCUUGUGAGAGGGAUGCAUCGGGUGGCUGUGAAGGCGGAGCGCGAGAAGAGCGACCCGUUCGCGGGGGUUGAGGGGCUGGAUGCGGUUGGGAGCGGUGCGGAGAGGGGAGAGGAGGAGGGUGGGGCUGUGGGUGUUGUUGGUGGAGUUGGGGUGGUUGGGGAGUUUGAUUCUGCGGUCUAUGGAGUGGCAGUGGGUGGAGGGGCAUCAGGUGGAGGGGCGGAGCGCAAAUCGAGCCUGCGGCCAGAGUUGCUCAACCAGAAGGUAUCAGAGGCAGCGGGGCUGCUGAGCCAGCUGAAGCCGUCGCAGGGCGAGGAGGCGAUAGAAGCGGCGAGCAGCAGGCUGGCGGGGCUGGUGGGGGAGUACCCCGAGGUCAAAGGGGAGCUUGUGGCGACCCAUGCCGUGCUGCCGCUGCUCGAUGUCUUCGAUGCUGACAGCCCCCGGGUGGUGUUGUCAGUGCUGGGACUGCUGCAGCAGCUCGUCACAGACAGCCCUGCCAUCCAGAGCCUGCUCUGCAACGCCGGCCUCGUGCCCACGCUGCUGAACUUCUCCUCGCCGGGUCGCUGCUCGCCAGACAUGCGCCACCAGGCAGGCAGUGUGCUGCGCCACCUCUGCCACUCCAGCAAAGAUUAUAUCCCGUUCCUAUUUCCGCCCUCUCCUUCUUUUCUCCACCACCACACCCUUGCCCAUCCGUCCCUCCCCACUUGUGUCUGCUUCACUGCUACCCCACAAUCCUGCACUCCCUUCCUCCUUAUCCGCCCUCUUCCCCCAUUCCUCAUCUCUCCACUCCCUCCCCCUCUCCCAUAUGUGCCCUCCUCUGCACCGUCGCUCUCCCCUCCACCGUACAUUCCCUCUUUACCAGUCCGGACGCAUGCGUACGUGCACAUCGGGCUGGACUGCCUGCCUGCUAGCAGUGCUGGCAGCAGGCCUCUUAAGGCAACUCAAACCCUCUCUCUGCCGCUCCCUCCCCACCCUCCCUCCCAGGGCGUUCGUGCACAUCGGGCUGGACUGCCUGCUGGCAGUGCUGGCGGCGACUCUCUUGAGGCGACUCAACAGGCCUCCUCCCCGUUUCCCCCCCUUGCCGUGCACUCCCCUCCCUCCCCUCCCAGGGCGUUCGUGCACAUCGGGCUGGACUGCCUGCUGGCAGUGCUGGCGGCGGGGCGCCCCACCCCGCGCACGGACAUUGCGAGGCAGCUGGCGCGCAUGGGCCUGCUGCACCGCCUGCUCUCCCUCCUGCACUCCGUCUCCUCCGCCCGCAACCACCCCGCUUCAGCCUCUUCUGCUGGUGCUGGUGCUGGUGCUGGUGAGAGUGGGGAUGAGGGAGCUGGUAGGAGCAGCUGGGAUGGCGGUGCGGCUGGCUCUGGUGGUGGCUCCGUGUAUGGGUCAGCGGACGCCUAUGGCUCUGGCAACACAGGGGGAGCAGGCGCAGGAGCGGGAGGAGGAGGGGCAGCAUCAGCAGCUGCUUCUCCUGCAACCUCCUCCUCCUCAACAUCGUCUGCUGCUGCUCCUGCCGCUGCCACUCCUGCGCGGCGCUCCCAGCGCCGCAUCUUUGGCCUGGCGCAGUUCCGAAGCAAGGCAGCCAAGGCUGGACAGGGCGGGGGAGACUCACAGGCACAAGGAGGGGCAACAUCCUCAGCAGCAGCAGCCGGAACAGGAGGAGGAGGGGGAGGAGUGGCAGGUGGUGCUGGUGGCUCUUCCAGUGGCGGAAAUGGAGUGGGUGCAAGAGCAGGGGGGUAUGGGACCAGUUCCGGUGACAGUGCUAGUGGUGCUGGUGGUGCUGGUGGUGGUGCUGGUGCUGGGUGGGGCAGUGGGUCCUCCUCUUCCACAGAAGCCAGCACGUUCACCUCAUCCUCCUCCUCAUCAGCAGCAGCGGUGAAGCAGCAGCAGCUAGACCCGGCAGCGCUAGCCGCACAAGACACGCUCUACCUCACGCGCACAGCCCUCCUCUUACUCCACCUCUGCCAAGCAGACGAGGCAGUGCGAGCGCACAUGCUCGCGCCCUCCUUUCUAAAACGCCUGCUCGACGCAAGGGAGUCUCUCCCCCCGCCCGUGCUGCUGCUGCUGCUGAGGGUGCUCCGCCAGCUGUCGGCCGACGCCGCCUCGCAUGAUUCAUUACAGAGGGCCGAUGCUGUCCGUGCCCUCGUGCCGUACAUUGAUGCGGGGUUCAGGGAGCGGUUUGAGGUGGGGGAGAGAGGGGAUAGCCGAACAGGGGGUGCGGCGAGUGCGGCGGUGUAUCCGGCCUCACUAUUCUGUGACAUUCAGGCAGAGCUGUCGGCUGACGCUGCCUCGCAUGACUCGCUGCAGCGGGCCGAUGCUGUGCACGCGCUCGUGCCGUAUGUUGAUGCGGGGUUCAGGGAGCGGUUCGAGGGGGAGAAGGGGGAGAGCCGGGCAGGAGGAGCGGUGGGGUAUCCGGCUUCGUUGUUCUGCGACAUUCAGGCUGAGGCGCUGAUGGCCCUGUACAACCUGUGCAGGGGCAGCAAGCGCAGGCAGGAGCUGGCAGCAGAAGCUUCCAUUGUGCCACCGCUCAUGGUGCUCAUCUCCUCGCGCUCGCCUCUUCUCCCCUUCGCGCUGCCGCUGCUCUGCCUGCUCGCCACGGCCUCGCGAGCCACCUGCGACACGCUGCUGCACCACAACGCGCUGCCGCUGCUGCUCUCGCUCCUCGCUGAACCACUCACGCCCCACGCCGCCAUCGCUGCCCGCCUCGCGGACAGCAGGAAGGACGGCGCCGGGGGAAAAGGGGCAGGCGGAGGGGGGGGUGUUGCUGGAGGUGCAGCGGGAGCAGGGGCGCCAGGGGGGGCAGGGGGGACAGGGGGGGUGGGGAGUGGGGAAGGGGCGGAGAGGAUGUGGGGGGCGGCGGCGUUUGAGGCGGUGGUGGCGUGUGUGGUGAACGAUGGGGAGGGGCGGCACGUUGAGCAGACGCUGCUGCGCCGCGACUCGCUUGAAGCACUCGUGUGGUUCGUGCGCGGGGCCGCCAAGACUCCUUCCUUCACCGCGCUCUUUGAGCCUCUGCUGCGCCUCGUCACCAAGUCGCCCACGCUGAAUGCAGCACUGUCAGUGGGAGGCCUGGGCGACCUGCUAGUGGCUCGCCUGGACGACCCUCAGCUGGAGCCCGCCGUGCGCCUCAACCUGCUCAAGCUGCUCAAGGCGGUGUACGAGCAGCACCCGUACCCCAAGGGGCUGUGUGUUCCAGACGAGCUGCCGGGGAAGCUGCAGCGGCUGACGGAGGAGCGGCGCAUUGCGGGCGGGCAGCAGGUGCUCGUCAGACAAAUGGCGUCGGCGCUGCUCAAAGGGCUGCACUUCGGCCCGCCCAGAUAG